CCGCUCGUUCAGCGGAUUUCCUUCACAACAGAGAGAAAGCUGCAGCAGAGCCGGUGAGCUCAAUGUCACCGGGUACCGGAGAGGAUGGAUUUGGGAGGAAGGUCGGUAUACAUUGUCGCCACGGGCCCAUGAAGAUGCUCACCCAACAACCCCAGCCUGCAGCACAUUUGGAGCAUGAGUCAAGCAGCAGACGAAGUAGGAGCUUCUGCGCACAUUAACAAGCUCUCAAGAAGAUACUGCACAGGUAACCACUCCAUGGCUGCACCCUGACACUAUCAUCUGUUCAUCCCCUCUGCCCCAGCCUCCCCCCCUCUUAUCCAGCUCCUCUCCCCUCCUCCUCACCCUGUGGCCUAUUUAUACCCUGGAUACUCGAAGCAGUCUAUUAAAGCCCACGGACCUGUUCAGAAAAAGACUCCAGAAUUUCGACAAGAACACUAAAGGACUUACCUUCUAAAUGGAAAAGGAUCACACAUUCAAAGGAUGACUGCAGUCUACCCCUCUGAGAGUAGCCCGGAAGGGGCUGAAGCUGGGACUCAGACAGCAGGCUCUAAGGGGUCAGGAGCAGGAGGAACCACCGGGACCAGCUCAGUAACUGGGGUCAAGAGCACGGAUUCUCAUGGAGACUCGGUCCGAGGUUCCAUUGGAAGCACGGUGGCCUCUACUAGUAGCAGCCAAAGGAACGCCCGCUGGAGCCGGCAGGACAGCUCUGACAUAAACACAGAUGAUGAGGGAGCCACCGUCCGCCGCCUCACUCCCCUGGAAAGGCUGAACCUGGAUAUGUGCCAGGAUGAAAGGUUGGUCCGUGAGCUAACAGUAGGCAGAAGAAUCGGCUUCUACAAAAUUCACGGAGAGCUCGGGUGUGGAAAUUUCUCCCAUGUUAAGCUGGGAAUUCAUGCCCUCACCAAAGACAAAGUGGCCAUAAAGAUCUUAGAUAAGACCAAGCUGGAUCAGAAGACCCAGCGGCUGCUGUCCAGGGAGAUCUCUAGCAUGGAAAAACUACACCAUCCCAACAUCAUACGCCUCUAUGAGGUGGUGGAGACUUUGUCACGUUUGCACCUAGUGAUGGAGUACGCAGGCGGAGGGGAGCUCUACACCAAGAUUACUACAGAAGGAAAGCUGUCUGACACUGACAGCAAGUUUGUCUUUGCUCAGAUUCUUUCUGCUGUUAAACACAUGCAUGAAAAUAACAUCAUCCACCGUGACCUGAAGGCAGAAAAUGUCUUCUACACCAACGGCUCUUGCGUGAAGGUGGGGGACUUUGGAUUCAGCACACUGAGCCGCCGCGAUGAGACACUCAACACAUUCUGUGGCUCUCCGCCAUACGCUGCGCCUGAACUCUUUAGGGAUGAGCAUUAUGUUGGCAUCUAUGUAGACAUCUGGGCCCUGGGGGUGAUGUUGUUUUUUAUGGUGACAGGCACAAUGCCAUUCAGGGCGGACACUGUGGCCAAACUAAAGCGGUGCAUCAUGGAUGGGGCCUACGUCAUUCCCUCUUGGGUGCCAGAUGCAUGCCAGAGGCUAAUCAGGGGAAUCCUCCAACCCAUACCAACUGACCGCUGUACAGUGGAGCAGAUGAUGGGCUGCGAGUGGUUGCUCCCCGUGGACCUCCCGCACGCCAUGGAACCCUUUAAACUGGACCCAUCCUACCUCGCAGAGAGUGAUCCAUCAGAUCUCACAGAGGAAGAGAUGGAGAUAAAGUCUUCGCUGGAGGCACUGGGAAUCACCUCGGAGCACAUCCUGAACAACCAGGGCAAAGACUGCAGGAGCUCCAUCACUGGUGUCUAUCGGAUUCUGCUACACCGUUUUCACAAGAGACGGGUUGUCGAAAGCAUUCCUGUGGUAAAACAGGCAGUCAGACCCACAGCAACAAGUAAAAAAGAACGACUAAAAGUGUACCGCAGUUUACGGCAGACAUCUAAACUCUGUGCAAUUCUGUGACAAAAUUCUUUGCUCCGGAAAUUUGAUUAAGUUAUGGACUUGAAUGCAUGGAUUUAUUACAAAUAAAAAAUUAAAACAAGAAUAUUUUCAGUCCAGUAGUAUAAAUUGAAAUUAUGGUAUAUAACCCCACUCAAGUCCUAAAAUUGGUCUUUUCUUAUGUCUCUGUAGCUAUGUUGCUGCUGUCAUUGUCUGUUUUUUCUUGCAGGGACAGGAAAUCUCAAGAAAUUUGAAAUGUUCUGAAAUCUCAUUUAUCCAAGUCAGCAUAGCAAUGAUUACAUGGCAUGCAGAACUUAUUAUUUGGGUCAUGCAGGCCAUAUAUUUCUAAUUCACUCUUGGCCUACGCUUAGUUGUGUUGUAACAACAAGCCCUAUGAGAAUCACUGUAGCUUAUUUUUUAUGAAGAGACAUAAAUCUACAAUAUUUUGUUGAAAAAGUGGCGAAACAUGCAGUAUCUACACAAAAUGUGUUUAUGUCUUAAAUGUUUAAUUGCACUUCUCCUCGAUGCCUUAGUUUUUUUUUCAUCUGUUUAUGAAAUCAGACAGCCUGGUUUCAUUGUACUCCUUAAUGCUUGUGAUGAGAUAGUAAGUAGAGAUUUUACAUCUUAUAUAAUACGUCUCUAUGAGAUGUCCCUGCUCUUAGACUGGCUGACCUCAGUAUUUUCCCUGUGGCCUGAAAAAAAUCCACUAGAUGACAUUAAGCUAUGAAGACCAACUAACAGUUAGUAGUUCACAUGGCAAAAUAAAAUUUCAGUUUUGAGUGAAACGAUUCUGGUAAGAGUUUGAAUCUUUUUGUCUUUUUAUGAUUCCAUGUCCAUGCAAAUGUGCUGAAUGAAAUAAAUUUAAAACUAAAAAUGCUGCUUUGUCUUUUUGAUGUUAUAAUUAUUUAAUGCUUAUGGCUGCAUUUUGUGUGUGUGUGUGUGUGUGUGUGUGUGUGUGUCUGUUUUAUAGCUGUAAAUCCAAACAGACAUUAUACGCAGUGAAUUCAUAUCAUUAUAAAAUAAGGGGGAAUUAUUGAGAUUUAAAUUUAUAAUCUGAAUACGUACUUCCUGGCCACAUUAUUUUAUAGAAGAGAAGGUCUAACUUUAGGCCUACAAGGUCUUGACAGGAGACACAGGCUUGUGCAGAGUAUGCUUUGCAAAAGUGAAACCGAAAGCAGAGUCUGAGUGUAAGUAUUUUGAGCAGGUUAUUUUAUUAUGCAUUUAUAUCUUUGAUUAAGCUUUGAUUAAGUUUUAAGAGUUAAGCAGUCUCGUUUAUAUUUUGAGUAACAUCAUUUGAGUGUGACAUUUAGUCUAGAAAUUACACAUAUAGUUUCAGUUGUGUACGUGCUGGCCUUCUGUCUGGUGGAAAGGUUACAAGGUCUAGCUGGGGAGCUGAGAGGUGAAACAAAGUGCAAGCAGAGGCUGACACAUACACACACACACAUCGUAGAUAGACUCAGUUAUAUAGGUAAAAGUUAAUCAUGUUUUGCUUGCAACUGCAAAAUUGUGCGUGCAUAUGUGACUGUUUGAUGAAGAAGCAGGUGCAGGAUGUUCCAGAGACAAGCGACAGCGAAGGCGAGCUGAGGGGAAGCACCUGGAUGGAGACGAGACGAUGUUCUUUUAAACUAUGUUAAAAGUCAUUGUGGUUUUGGAUUGACGUAGGAGAUAUUGAGUCUGCCUGGCAACAGAAGGGGGGCUGUACUGUUUCACCCCUAUAAAUACUGUGUUCUGACUAUUGUAAGAGAGUUCAACACUGAAUCUGUACAGUGUUGGCUCCACGCUGCGUGUAUUCAUUAAAAUGUCGUCUAACUUUA